AUGCGUCUAGUAAUUACUGAUGAUUAUAGUGCAAUGGCCGAGUGGGGUGCUCGGUAUAUAAAAAAACGAAUAAAUGAUUUUAAACCCGAUGCUAAUCGUCUUUUUGUACUUGGUUUACCAACUGGUAGUACACCUUUAGGUACCUAUAAAAAAUUAAUUGAAUUUGUUAAAGCUAAACAAUUAUCAUUUCAAUAUGUUGUUACAUUUAAUAUGGAUGAAUAUGUUGGAUUACCACGAGAUCAUCCUGAAAGUUAUCAUUCAUUUAUGUGGAAUAAUUUUUUUAAACAUAUUGAUAUUGAUCCGAAAAAUGUUCAUAUUCUUGAUGGCAAUGCUACUGAUCUUAUUCAUGAAUGUAAUGAAUAUGAAAAAGCUAUUCAACAAGUAGGUGGCGUUGAAUUAUUUGUUGGUGGUAUUGGACCUGAUGGACAUAUUGCUUUCAAUGAACCAGGAUCUAGUUUAGUAUCUCGUACUCGAGUAAAAACUCUCGCUCAAGAUACAAUUAUUGCUAAUGCACGUUUUUUUGGUAAUGAUAUUAAAAAAGUACCAACAUCAGCAUUAACUGUUGGCGUUGGAACAGUAAUGGAUGCAAAAGAAGUAUUAAUAUUAAUAUCCGGUACAUCAAAAGCCUAUGCACUUCAUAUGGCUAUUGAAGAAGGUGUAAAUCACAUGUGGACAGUAUCAGCAUUUCAAAAUCAUCCAAGAUUUUUAUGUGUCUGUGAUGAAGAUGCUACAAUGGAAUUGAAAGUUAAAACAGUUCGAUAUUUUAAAAGUUUAAUGCCUGUACAUUCAAAAUUAAUUGAAGAUAAUGGUGCUCCAUCAUUAUUACAUACGGAAAAUUAA